UUUCACCUUUUUUUUAAAGAGUUUUUGAAUUUGUGUCCUCAUUUAUCAUCGCUGCGUUAUCGAUCAGAGGAGCUCGUCUCAGCGAGAAACAUGAAACACAAAUGAUGUUUAACAUUUCUAUAGAUGGAGCUUCAUUCUCUAAGAACUUGGAGGACUUUGACUCUAUUCGCAGUGUUCUGCUUUACAGUGACUUGGAACCCGAAUGGCUGGACGAUAUCCAGAAGAAUGGUGAGCUGUUCUACCUGGAGCUGAGUGAGGGUGAAGAGGAGGCUGCGUUAGCCCAGGCCACUGCUAAUCAAGGUGUAUCCACUAACCAUGUUCGCUUCAGUGAAAAGGAGGCCGAGAUCAUCACGGAGCAAAAUAAGAAGCAGCGAUGCGGCUCACGUUCGAAAGGCGAGCCGGCACUUAAAAGAUUAGCCAGGAUCCUGAGGAGAAAACGGCGGCCUUCUCAGCGCAGAGGAGGGAAGGAUGGAGGUAAAGACAGCUCAAAUUUAUCCCCUCCUGCAUCCAUCCUGAAGAACCAGCCCGGCCAAAGGCAGGGUGUGACUGUUCAGCAGCAGCAGCUGAAGGAGGUGUGCGUCUACCUCAACCCUAAACGAUUAGCAGGUUCGUCAACGCCUCUGUGUGACAGCGGAGGCCUGCUGGAAGCACUGCUGGGAGUGGUGCAUCGCCCUGCUUGGAGCAGAGGUCACGGAGAACCUACAGUCAGACAGGAGGAGAGACUGACUGUACAUGGAUUAAUACCAAACAGUCCAGCCAUCAAAUGUGGGCAGAUUCUAAUCGGCGAUGUGCUUGUAGCGGUGGACGAUGUCGAUGUGACCUCGGAGAACAUAGAGAGGGUUCUGUCCUGCAUCCCAGGACCAACACAGGUGAGGCUGACCCUGGAGACGGUGGCUCCGGUGGACAGAGGCAGUGCAGGCGACACCUCACCACUCCGUAGGACGAAGGCGUCUCCGCCGGUCAGCCAGCUGGUGCGUCUGCUGUGGGGGGAGGACACAGCCGAGCUCCAGAUGUCCAUAGGACACAUCCCGCAUAUUGUCAUGUACCUGUCACUUAAACUGGACUCAGCAUCACCACAGGAGGAGGAGGAAAUCUUGUACCAGUAUCCAGUGUCUGAAGCAUCCAGCCAGCUGAAAGGAGUGAGGGGGAUCUUCCUCACUCUGUGUGACAUGCUGGAGAAUGUGACCGGGGGGCAGAUCAUCAGUUCGUCUCUCCUCCUCGGGAAACAUCUGGUACAUGUUGGCUACUGGAAGGAGAGCAACAACCUGUUGGUCAUUGGCCUUCCUGCUGAGAGGGUUCCUCUGCUGUAUCUGCAGACGGUGGUGGCAGACGUAGUGCGGACACUAAAAGUGAUGUACGGCUCCUUAGACAGUGCGUUCUGUAAGGUGGACCACACUCCCAGGUUGGACCAUUUCUUCUGCCUGUUCUUCCAGCAGCUCAUCCAGCCGUCACGUCUGAGAGAAGGCUCCUCGGCUCCCCCACCCGACGUCUCAGGGACCCUUUUCCUUGAUGGGCUGCCGGCGGUUCGAUGGCUCACACUGCCUCCAGAAAUCAAGAUGGAGGUCGAUACUGUUCUUUCUGAUUUCGAGUCCUCUGAUUUUGGAGAAAUGUCCGAGGACUUUUUUGGCCUGCGCCGCCUCUAUGUAAUUCUUGGCUCCUGUUUGUUCUACAAGUCCUACCUGAUUGCCAACCAUCUGCCGAAGGAGGACCUGCUGGAUGUGUGUCUGUACUGCCAGCACUACUGCCUGCUGCCGCUGGCGUCGGAGCAGCGUGUGGGUCAGCUGGUCAUCUGGAGGGAGGUGUUCCCCCAGCAGAGGGCUAAUGGAGGCAGCAGCAGCAGCACGCCGGGCUACAGCCAGCCACAGGGACGCCACUUCCUCCUCAUAGUGGGGCUGAGGCACUUUAUGCAGUGUGUACUGUUGGAAGCAGGUGGCUGUGCUUCACCAGCUGUGGGUUCUCCUGGACCAGACUGUGUCUACGUGGAUCAGGUGAAAGCCACCCUGUUGCAGUUGGAGGUGUUGGAGGCAGGUAUUGAAGAGCGCCUCAACGCUCCACCUGCCCCCUGCCUCUCCUGUGCCGACUGGUUCCUCCCAGCUGCCACGGCCCGCGACCGCCUCGACAGCCUCACUUCUUCGUCCCCCGUCCUCAGCAAGCUGGCCGGAGCCGUCAAAGGCUCCUCGUCGGGCUCCAGAGGUCGCAGCCUGUUCGGGGAGAAGUCCCGGAGGUCCAGCCCACAGAGGAGUCUGUCGGACAGCGGGAGCGAGGGCCAGAUGGAUGCUGGGUCGGGGUCCGGUUCAUCAGUGGCUCCGGGGCUCAGUCCACACUCUACACCGGACUCGGCGAGGAAGCUGGGAGGUCGACGGGACUCGAUGGGAUCUGGAGGGUCUGAUGGGAGUGGAGGCAGCGGAGGCCUCUUCAAGGCGUCCAGGAUGAAGCACCCAAACCCGUUCUACCUGGGCACCCUGAAGAAGACCCUAACCGAGAGGGAGACAGAGGAGAUGUAUAACACCAUGAAACUAACAUCAGGCGCAGAGAACACUUUGUUCCACUACGUCCUGAUGGAAACCGUGCAGGGAAUCUUCAUCGCUCCGACUCACAGGGAGGUGGCUCAGCUCAGCGGCUCCAUUCACCCACAGCUCAUACGCAACUUCCACCACUGCUGCCUCUCCAUACGGGCCGCGUUCCAGCAGAGUCUGCCGGCCAGGGGCCGUCGUGCAGCAGACAGGCCUCAGAGCGGUGGCUGGGGCCUCGGUCCAGUCAAAGAACACGGGGUUCUGUUUCAGUGUAAACCGGAGAACUGGACCGACCAGAGGAAGCCAGCUCCCACCAUGACUUACUGGGUCAUAGGGCGGAUGCUGCUGGAGCCCGUUCCUCAGGAGUUCUACGUGUGCUUCCAUGACUCGGUGGCAGAGGUUCCUGUCGAGAUGGCCUUCAGACUCUCCUUUGGUUUGGCAUUAUGAUGCAUCAUCCUCUCCUCAGCUCGUUGGCAGCAAUGAACCCAAGAUUUCUUUAACUGAUAAUAAUAAUCAGUAUAAAACAUCAGUCGCAUUCUCAGGAAAAUAGCUCAAACUGUGAUGCUCGUCAGAAGCAUCUGAGAGUAGAUGUAGGGAUUUUAUGCUUGCUGCUCAGUUUCUGAGGGAUAAUCUAACGGCGGACUGCACAGAGCCUUUUUUCUUACCUACACAGGCCUCAAUUUUCCACAUGAUGUUCUGCAGAGCAGAGUGUGAUUGAGGCUUUGAGCAGUGAGGACGGUAAUGGCAUUCUCACUGCUGACCUCAACGUUAAACCUGGACGUUUUUGUGCCUUGUUUAUGUGUGUGUUUGUGCACAUGAAAUGCCACUCAGUCAGUGAAUACCUCAGACACGUCUCUUAAGAGCAGACCAGACCUUUCGGUAAAAGCAGCUGCCGUAAAGUUCACUCAGUGGACCAAUAAAAAUGAUGAUGCUGCUGCUGCAUACAUCUCUGUGCUGACACAGCUAAAAAGGCUGUCUUGAUAUUUUUCACACAUUUUAUGCAGUGAAGCAAAAGCGUUCAUUGUUACUUAAUUUAAAUUUUGUACAGUUUUAUAUGGAAAUGGAGUCAUUUGUUGCAUAAAUGGACAUUAUUAAAAUGUUAUCCAGUUUC